AUGUACAAUCUUGCGCGACUGGCCUCCAGCGCCGCCGCUGGUAAUGAGCCUCCGGUCCUCGCCUCUGUGGCCUCGGGCGUGGCCAAGGUUGUCCUCAACCGCGAGUCCAAACUCAACGCCCUCAACUACCCCAUGAUCGAGCUGAUGACGCCGCUGUACGAGGAGCUUGAUGCCGACAACAAUGUCCAUGCUAUUGUUCUCCGUGGUGCCGGCGAGAAGGCGUUCUGCGCAGGCGGCGAUGUUGUGUCCAUCGUCAACUCGAUCAAGGAGAAUGGCGACCUGCACCGGUACUUUUUCCGCGAUGAGUACGCCCUCGACUACGCCAUUGCCAGCCUCAAGACCCCACAUGUGGCGCUGUACAACGGCAUUGCCAUGGGCGGCGGCAUCGGCCUCUCGGUCCAUGGUACCUUCCGCGUCGCCACAGACAGCGCACUCUUUGCCAUGCCCGAGACCGCCAUCGGUCUCUUCCCAGACGUCGGCGGGACCCACUUCCUCCCCCGCCUCCCGCACGGCCUCGGUAUGUACCUCGCCCUCACUGGCGCCCGCGUCAAGGGUGCCGAUCUUGUCUACUACGGUAUCGCCACUCAUCACCUCGACGCGCCCGAGGAUGAGCUGUACUCGGCCCUAGCCGCGGCCUCGUCGCCCGACGCUGUCGCCGCCGCCCUCGACGACGUCUGCUCGCUCUCGCGUGACGCCCUCGACGACGGUGCUCGCGUCGCCGCCAUCGAGGCCUCGCUCGGCGGCGUGCCGGUCUCGGUCGUCGACUCGGUCUUUGGCCAGGCCGCCUCUUACCCUGAGGUUGUCGACUCGCUCGCCGCCCUCGAGUCCGGUGCCGACGAGCCGGCUGUCGCCAAGUGGGCGGCCAAAACCUCCGCCAUCCUCGCUGCCAUGUCGCCGACCUCGCUCCUUGUCACCUUUGAGCAGAUCAAGCGCGGCGGCUCGCUCACCCUCGCCGAGUCAUUUGCCCUCGAGGCCCGCCUCGUCUGGCGCGUCGCCAACGGGCACGACUUUGCCGCCGGCGUCGACGCUCUCCUCAUCAACAAGACCAAGAUCGCCCCGCAGGACCUCUGGUCGCCCAACACCGUCGACGCCGUCACCCGCGACGCCGUCCUCGCCCACUUUGCGCCCUUUGACGAUCCGGCUGAUGAGCUCAUCCUCGACCCGUCUGUCAACCCGGCGACGAUCUAACUCCAACC